AUGGUUCUUCUCAACGCUUUGGCGCUCAGCGCCGUAGUUCCUUCGUUUGUCUGGGCUCUUCCCGCAGAGUCCCAUCAGGAGCAAUCACAUGUUGCCCAAGAGAAACGACAGUACUAUUCACUCUCAGCAAACAGAGCACAGGCCGUUGUCGACACGUUCAGGCUGAGCUGGGCGGGAUAUUACACAUACGCGUUUCCCAACGAUGAACUGUUGCCAGUCACGAAUAGUUUUGGCAACUCACGUAAUGGAUGGGGUGCUUCGGCCGCUGAUGCACUCAGCACAGCACUCGUCAUGGGCGAGAAAGAGAUUGUCAACCAGAUCAUCUCGUACAUCCCUACCAUCGACUGGUCCACGACAGAGACAUCAGUCUCCCUCUUUGAGACCACAAUCCGGUACCUAGGUGGCAUGCUCUCGGGCUACGACUUUCUUUCCGGCCCCUUGGCCCACCUGGCAGACGAUCCGGCAAACGUAAAAGCCCUCCUCGAGCAAUCCGUCCAUCUCGCCAACAACUUGAGCUACGCGUUCGAAACGCCCACGGGUGUACCCUGGAACGAUCUCGAUUUUUCCACGCGCAGUGUCUCUGUUGGACCGAAUGGCCUUGCAACAGUCGGCACUCUCAUCAUGGAAUGGGUGCGGCUGGCCGACCUCACGGGAAACAGGACGUACGCAGCUCUGGUCGAGCGCGCAGAGUCGUACCUUAUCCACCCCUCCCCCGCAGCCUCGGAGCCCUUUCCCGGUCUAUUGGGCAUGAACAUCAGCCCGCUGACUGGCCAGUUCCUCGACGCGCAGGGUGGCUGGAUAGGUGGCGCGGACUCCUUCUACGAGUACCUGCUCAAAAUGUACAUCUAUGACCCAGCGCGGUACCAAGUCCUGCUCGACCGCUGGAUCCUAGCCGCAGAUUCCACAAUCGGCUAUCUGACGAGCCACCCGCUGACACGUCCGGACCUGACCUUCGUCGCCACGUUCAACGGCACAGAGCGCCAGCUCGUGAGCCAGCACCUCGCGUGCUUCCACGGCGGCAACUUCAUCCUGGGCGGCCAAGUCCUCAACUCACCAAAGUACCUGCAGUACGGCCUCUCCCUCGUAAACGGAUGCCACGAGACAUACGCCACAACAACGACACACAUCGGACCGGAAGUCUUCGGCUGGGACCCCAACACGAUCCCCGCGGGCCAGCGUAGUUUCUUCAUCCAAAAUGGCUUCUACAUCCUCAGCCCCGGCUACCAGCUCCGCCCGGAAGUCAUCGAAAGCUACUACUACGCCUACCGCGCCACGGGCGACAAGAAGUAUCAGGAAUGGGCGUGGGACGCGUUUGUAGCCAUCAAUGCCACGACACGCGUUGGUAGUGGGUACAGCACAAUCCGAGACGUCACUGCUGCGCGGGGAGGCGGGUUUGAGGAUAUGAUGGAGAGCUUUUGGUUUGCUGAGGUGCUCAAGUAUAGCUAUCUUAUUCAAGUGGAUGAUGACGCUGAGUGGCAGGUUAGUAGGUCGGGGAGCAAUAAGUGGGUGCUGAACACGGAGGCGCACCCUGUAAGGAUCUAUGGUCACUGA